GUAGGCCCCUCUCUCCGCCACCCAUCCCCACCCAGUAUUUUCUGUUCCCUGCAUAUCGCCAAGGGAAGCAGUAUCGCGACAAAGCCUGCGAGCUCGACCAGUAUUCGCGCCCCCGGCAGCCUUCGCAGCGCGUUAUCGUCGUCCGUGGACGCCUGAGCAGAGUAGUGACACAUUCUUGUGCGGGCGCAAACCACCACCCUCGACCUCGCCAGGCCCGCCACCGCCUCCCCUACGACCAAGAACCCCGCGCUGCUCCACACGGAGUCGCGCUCCAUGUCUCAACCACCACAGCAGCCCCAGGACGCCGAACUCUCUGCUUCCCUGUCCCACGGCGAUGCGGGCCAGACCUCCCCCGCGCCGCCAUCGCCCAACGACCACGAUCCAUUGUCGGCGCCGGAGGCCCAUACACAGACGGCCGGCUUCGCUGGGGACAACUCGAAGUCAGACAACGUCCCGCUGCCUACCCACCCCAACGUCAACACCAAUGUGGGACCAUACUCGCCCUCGGCGGCCGCGUUGAGUCCGUCUGCGCUUGACCGUGUGUUCCCCAUACGGAGUGUCAUCUCCGUGGACCCCAACCCAACAGCUACACCGAAGCCUACUGGACAACAUGCUGGCGACAACCUCCACCAGUAUUCUCGGCCGAUCGACUCGCGACGGCCCUCGGGGUCUACAGCAUCGAACCGAUCACGCGUCUCCAAAAGUCAAGGUCAGACCCGGCGGCCAUCGACCACUCCCAGGGGAGGAGGACUACCACCGACACGGCAGAACACCAACCCCACACCACAAAACCCGGACAAACCAGAAUCGCAGUUGCCUGCGUCACUAUUCAAGGAAAUCACAUCUUCGAGUCCAGGGAAUAGUGAGGUGGGAGAAGGCAGCCGGUCGCCGUCGGUCAAGGCGGCAGAUCUGCCACCGUCCCCCGGUGGUGACUCGGUCCGAAGCACUCUCAGCAGCGUCGGCGAGAUAGGUAGUUUAAUAACACCGCGCUUCAAGCAUGUCGUUACCGAGGGAGGGCAUAUGGUUAUCACAGGUCGAGAAGGCGAGACAUUGCAGCGUUGCGAGGACGAACCCAUCCACAUACCGGGGGCUGUGCAGGGAUUUGGUCUUCUGAUUGCGCUUCAGGACGACCCUGGAGGGAACGGUGGCCUCCUUGUCCGUGUGGUCUCUGAGAACUCUAAGAGGUUCGUCGGGCGGACACCAAAUGAGCUGUUCGCAUUGGAGAGUUUCACAGACAUCCUAUCCGAAGAACAAGCCGACAUCCUUCUCGAUCACAUUGACUUCAUUAAAGACGAAGACUCCGAUGUUUUGACCAACGGUCCUGAGGUCUUCACAAUAUCGAUCAAGGUACCCGGGGUGUCCCGGGCACGAAAGCUAUGGUGUGCAGUUCACAUCAAUGACGCUAACCCUGGGCUGAUCAUCUGCGAAUUCGAACUUGAAGAUGACCCGCAGUUUCCUCUGGUGCCACCGAACGAUAUGGCGCCCGAACUUCCCGAGGACACAUUGUCCAGUAACCCUACCGAAGAGGAGUACCUCGAGAGUACUGAAAUAAAGAGCCGGCCCCUCAGAGUACUGCGAAGUGCGAGAAAGAGGAAAGGCGAGGCUGCUGUUAUGGAAGUUUUCAAUAUCAUGUCUCAGGUUCAAGAGCAGCUAGCAGCGGCACCUACGCUCGAAAAGUUCCUCCAGGUUUUAGUGGGCGUUGUCAAGGAACUGACAGGCUUCCACCGCGUUAUGAUAUACCAGUUUGACCAGACAUUCAACGGACGAGUCGUUACUGAGCUUGUCGAUCCUCGCGCCACGAAAGACCUGUACAAAGGGCUCAACUUCCCUGCGUCAGACAUCCCCAAACAAGCCAGAGAGCUCUACAAGCUCAACAAAGUCCGCCUGCUUUACGACCGCGACCAAGAAACAGCUCGCCUCGUCUGCCGCACUGCCGAGGACCUGGAGACACCUCUUGACCUCACACAUUCCUAUCUGCGCGCCAUGUCACCCAUCCAUUUGAAGUACUUGGCGAACAUGGCGGUCCGCUCUUCUAUGUCUAUCUCCAUCAAUGCCUUCAAUGAUUUAUGGGGACUCAUCGCGUGUCACUCUUACGGCGCUCACGGCAUGCGAGUUUCGUUCCCGAUCAGGAAAAUGUGCCGCUUGGUUGGCGACUCCGCGUCUCGGAAUAUUGAGCGACUUUCGUACGCAUCACGCUUACAAGCUAGGAAGCUUAUCAACACCGUGCCCACCCAACUCAAUCCCUCCGGUUACAUUAUCGCAUCCUCGGACGACCUGCUGAAGCUGUUUGAUGCCGACUUUGGUCUGUUGUCGAUCAGAGGCGAGACGAAGAUUCUUGGUCGCAUGGAGAAUUCUCAGGAAGCUUUGGUUCUGCUGGAAUACCUGAGGAUGCGCAAGAUCCAGUCGGUAACGACAUCGACGGACAUCACACAAGAUUUCCCCGAUCUUCGAUACGAGCCUGGAUUCCACACCGUUGCGGGCAUGUUGAUCGUGCCUCUGACUGUCGGUGGCAACGAUUUCAUCGUUUUCUUCCGGAAGGGCCAGCUGCGAGAAGUCAAAUGGGCCGGUAACCCGUAUGAGAAGUUCAUUAAGGAGGGCACCGAAGGUUACCUUGAGCCGAGAAAGAGCUUCAAGACAUGGUCGGAGACCGUAGGUGGCAAAUGUCGCGAAUGGACUGAAGAAGAGAUAGAAGCUGCUUCGGUAUUAUGCCUCGUGUACGGCAAGUUCAUCGAAGUCUGGAGACAGAAGGAGGCAGCGUUGCAGAGCAGUCAGUUGACGCGACUGCUACUCGCCAACUCUGCUCAUGAGGUUCGAACGCCGCUGAACGCCAUCAUCAAUUAUCUUGAAAUUGCCCUCGAAGGAUCUUUGGAUCCGGAGACUCGAGAGAACCUGGCUCGGUCGCACUCGGCAUCGAAAUCGCUCAUCUACGUCAUCAACGAUCUUUUGGAUUUGACGAAGACAGAGGAAGGAGGCCCUUUGAUCAAGGGAGAGUCGUUCAAGCUGAGCGAGACCAUCAAAGAGGCGACAGACAUGUUCCGCGGCGACGCCCGGCGGAAGAACAUCGACUACGAGGUUGUCGAACACGAGGGCCUUCCCAAGUCAUGCAUAGGUGAUCAGCGCCGUGUAAGACAGGCCAUCUCGAACAUCACAGCGAAUGCCAUUCAACAUACCAGUCAGGGUGGUGUCAAGAUUGAAGCCUAUGUUGCGUCGAGACCCAGCAAAGACCAUGCGAAAGUCGAAAUCGCGGUCACGGAUACCGGUGUUGGUAUCAACCCGAAAAGACUAGAUCAACUCUUCUACGACCUCGAGCAAGUCCAGUCUGAGCCCAUCAAUGCGUUGGAGGAUGCUAUAGUGCCAGGCUCCAAGCAGAUCAAGGCCAACGACGACAAAACAGCGCUCGGUCUCGGUCUCGCGGUUGUGGCGCGCAUCAUCCGCAACAUGAACGGGCAACUCAGAGUCAGAUCGGAAGAGGGAAAGGGCACACGAUUUGUCAUACAGUUCCCAUUCGAUCUGCCAGAUGACGAGGACAUGCCGUCACUGCCACCAGCAGAUACUACCUCAGACUCCGGGAGUGUCACACCACAUCCUGAACGGUCAAAGUCAUUGAGCAGCUUGAUACAACCCGGCGGUGAACGAACUUUGAUAUCUCCGACCACGUCACGGCACGGUUCGAGCGGCAGCGCUUCGCAGGUGAAUGGAACGAUGAUCAACCACCCGGCUGCGGGUAGGAGACAGAGCGCCGACAGUUUGAAGAGCAAGACUAGCUUGCGAAGCUUCAGGAGUGGCAGGACCUCGUCCCCAACAGAAAGCGCACGGGACGAUGUUGACCGACUUAUCGAGGAUCUUCAAGCGCCACAUCUGGUCGAGAGGCGAAGAGGAGGACACGGAGGAAGGGACAGCAGCCCUAGUUCGCGAUCACUGAGACCUGCUCUUACCAAGGGCAACAGCAUGGACCCUGGGUCACCUCCACGGACUAGGGCCAAGAGCCUUGAGAUGGCGGAAGGCAGAGUUGUGAUCCCGCCUCACCAAAGAAGUCUUGAUACCGAGACACCCGGUGAGGUGCCUAUCGCAUUCUCCUCUCAGCCUCUCAGGGCUAUCCGUCUGCCGGACGAUGCCACAUCGCCUACGCAGCGAUCGACGAUGGGUUCGAUUCUCGACGAAGUUCACGACGAACCAGGGGAGUUGUCGCCUCCACCCGCGCCUGCGCCUGCGCCUGAGCCUGAGAAGCUCACCUCGGACAGAAUGCGCGUUCUCGUAGCAGAGGAUGAUCCAGUCAACAGUCGAAUCCUUAAGAAGCGGUUAGAGAAGAUGCAGCACACCGUGGAUCUUACCGUCAAUGGCGAGGAAUGUGCAUCUGCGUUUGGCGAACGUCCCAAGGACUUUGACGUGGUCCUGAUGGACAUGCAGAUGCCCAUCGUCGACGGCCUAACCUCCACCAAGAUGAUCCGCUCCUACGAAAGGACCCACACCAACAUCUACUCCCCGCGCGCCGCGCUCUGUGGCCGCAUCCCCAUCGUCGCCGUGUCGGCCUCGUUGAUGGAAAAAGACCGCCAGCAUUACAUUGACGCCGGCUUCGACGCCUGGAUCCUCAAGCCAGUCUCCUUCGACCGCCUGAGUAAGAUCAUGGCGGCCAUCGUCGACAAGGAUAUCCGCAGGCAGUGCUUGUACGAGCCUGGUCAAUGGGAGAGAGGCGGCUGGUUCCACGAGGGCAAGGCGAGUGUGGAGGAGGUUAGUACGAAACCAACGGAUCAACCGCCGACCAGCAACCCGAGUGAGAUCGUCAAGGGGGCUGCAGAGGAUGCGAAGAAUCCCAUGGCGGGCGAAGAGGAUGAGCAGGGAAGGCAGCCGGAGGAACAGCAGCGAUUGCUCACUAAGCAAGAGGAAAAGCGGACGGAGGAGGAUGAUAGGCACAACGAGGAGGUCAGGCAUGCGGAUCCUAGGGAUGCUGCGGGGUGAGCAGCGAGCGAGCGGAGUCAGCGAAUCCAGCGAAGCCAGCGACUGGUUCAUUUAAGAUUAUAGGCGAAAUGGUCAAGAAGAAGGGUGACAUUGAUACGAAGAGUGGGCACUCUACACUCACCAUUUCCAGCCUUCGCCGACUGCUAUUGCCGUCCUUGUUCUCAUCUGGUUCGGCCUGGUUCUCUUCUGGGCCCUCCUCUUCCUCGCCUCCCAGGAAAC